AUGACUGUCAAUCUCCACUGCCUAGCUGAUGUCUGUCUUAUUCCCAUUGGUACCGGGAAAACCUCUGUCCUGGAUGAGGUGGCAAUCAUAACCAAAUUGGCUCGCAAUUCUCAUUUGGAAUGUACUUUGCAUUCUGCUGGGACUACCAUAGCAGGACCAUGGUCUGAAGUCAUGGAGUUGAUUGGUCAGUUCCAUGUGGUUUUGCACGAGAAGGGUGUUGUUCGGAUCCAAAGCGAUAUCCGGGUUGGUACCAGAACAGACAAGAACCAAAAGCCGCAGGACAAGAUUGAUGUUGUGGAGCAGAAGAUCAAGAAUUUAUAA